CCUUUCAGUUCAGAUGUAGACCAGCAGAAAUAGCUUUUCGCUGUAGAAGUAGGUUUGUCACGAUGGCUGCUGUGCGGUUAUUUGGAACGUUAUCAAAACUUACAGAUUCUAAUAUUAAAAUUUUUGGAGUUCGAGCUGGAGUCUUAUCGCAGUCGUCGUGCUAUUCAAGUCAGGCCAAACACACUAGAGCCAAAGUUGUUGACAAUGUCUACGUCAUUACUCUGGAUUCACCAAAUGCCAAAGUCAACUCCCUCAAUAAAGAGGUGAUGUCUGAACUGGGAGAGCAUUUGACAAAAGCAAGCCAUGACUCGAGCGUGAAAGCAUCAGUAUUAAUCUCCGGAAAACCGGGCUGCUUCAUUGCUGGAGCUGACAUCAACAUGUUGGCAGCCUGCAAAACCUACGACGAAGUGAAAGCCAUUUCUCUGGAAGGACAGAAGAUGUUGGAAGGAGUGGAGAAAAGCACUAAGCCGGUUGUCGCUGCAAUCAUGGGUCCAUGUCUUGGCGGCGGCUUGGAAGUAGCACUUGCGUGCCACUACCGGAUUGCAGUGAAGAGCAGCAAGACAGCAAUGGGCCUGCCAGAGGUGAUGCUGGGUCUGCUACCAGGCGCGGGGGGCACACAGCGUCUGCCACGCCUCACCUCCAUCCCGACGGCACUCGACCUCGAACUCACUGGCAAGUCUGUGCGAGCCGACAAGGCCAAGAAGCUCGGCAUUGUCGACCUGCUCGUAGACCCUCUCGGGCCCGGCCUCGACACCCCCGAAAACAGGACUAUCGAAUAUUUGGAAGAGGUUGCGAUCAAAUCAGCGAAGGAUCUAGCCUCGGGUGCUUUGAAACCAGAUAGAAGUAAAAAGGGUCUUGCUGACAAAGUUAUGAAUUUUGCACUCCAGUACGAUUGGGUGAAAGAUCAAGUAUUCACAAAAGCAAAGUCUCAAGUCAUGAAAAUGACUGGUGGUCUCUACCCGGCUCCUCUCAAGAUUUUGGAAGUGAUCAGAACCGGAGUAGACAAGGGACCGAAAGCUGGCUACGAAGCUGAAAGCAAUGGCUUCGCCGAACUGGCAAUGACACCUCAGAGCAAGGGUUUGAUCGGCUUAUUCAAAGGACAAACUGAAUGCAAGAAAAACAGAUUCGGAAAGCCACAAAAAGAUAUUAAGACUGUCGCAGUGGUAGGAGCAGGUCUGAUGGGUGCUGGCAUCGCACAUGUUUCAGUAGAUAAGGGAUACAAUGUAAUUCUGAAAGACACCACUGAACAAGGUUUGAGCCGAGGAGUCAGUCAGAUUCAGACCGGUCUGUCAGGGGCUGUCAAAAGGAAGAAGAUUAGCAGCUUGGAAAGAGAUCGUUACGUAGCAUCGUUAGAAUCGACACUUUCUUAUGAUAAGUUCAAAAAUGCCGAUAUUGUAAUCGAAGCUGUGUUCGAAGAUAUUAAUAUUAAACACAAAGUUAUUAAUGAGCUAGAGAAAGUAGUACCUCCGCAUUGCAUUAUUGCUACCAACACAAGUGCCAUCCCCAUCUCAAAGGUUGCUGCCGCCAGUAAACGACCAGAAAAUGUAAUUGGUAUGCAUUACUUUUCUCCUGUGGAUAAAAUGCAACUGUUGGAGAUCAUUGCAACGGACAAAACGUCGAAGGACACAGCAGCCGCGGCGGUGUCGGUCGGCCUGAAGCAGGGCAAAGUGGUCAUCACGGUCAAGGACGGUCCUGGCUUCUACACCACCCGCAUUCUCACCACUAUGGCCUCCGAAGGACUGCGCUUGCUUCAGGAGGGCGUCAGUCCAAAAGAUCUCGACAAGAUGACGAAGAAGUUUGGAUUCCCGGUUGGAGCCGCAACUCUGUCCGAUGAGGUUGGAGUUGACGUUGGCGCUCACAUUGCAGGCGACCUUGGCAAAAUCUUCGGAGAAAGGUUUGCCGGUGGAAGCAUCGAAGUUCUUCAAGACAUGGUCAAAGCAGGAUUCCUAGGACGUAAAUCAGGAAAAGGUUACUUCAUUUACAAGAAGGGAAGUAAAGAGCGUGCCGUGAAUGAUGGUGCUUUGAAGAUUCUGAAGAAGUACUCGAUGAGUCCCGUUGCAGCGCAGAGCGAAGAAGAUAUGCAACUGCGCAUGGUUUCUCGGUUUGUCAACGAAGCCUUGUUAUGCCUUGAAGAGGGAAUUCUCGAUAGUCCGUUGGAAGGCGACGUUGGAGCAGUGUUUGGACUUGGCUUCCCGCCAUUCUCUGGAGGACCCUUCCGUUGGGUGGAUGCCUACGGCGCCGACAAACUAGUGAGUAAGAUGCUCCUCUACCAGCAGCAAUACGGAGCGCCAUUCAAGCCUUGCGAUCUGCUCAUGGACCACUCCAGAGACUCAUCCAAAAAAUUCUAUCCUUCAUAGACUCUUCCAUAGACAAUCGUAACGGGAUCAAUAAUUUUACAAGCAAGAAGCAACAACUUAUUGUUAAAAGUAGAGAGAGAUAUUUUGUAAUAUCAAUUGUGCUCGUGUAACUUAUUUAGGUAAUGCUUUAUUCAGUUUAUGUGGUGUUUGAUUCUAUCAUCAUCCUAAUAAAACAAGAAUGUUAAAUUUCAAUCAUUCCAUUUCAGAAUGCUUUAAAUUCUGUUCAAAUAAAAGUCAAUUAAAUAUAUUGUAAAACAUUUACUGAACAGGUUUCAUGUUCCAAUUUUCAUUCAUCUAUUCAAUAAAGCACUGUCAUCCCUUUAUCACACUCACAAAAGAUCAAACUGAAUCAUUUACUCAUGUAUCUCAAUAGUCCAAUUCAAGUUGUUAUACUUUUAACCAUUAAAGCUUGAAAAUUUUGAAACAGAAAUGGAAGAAUCACUUGAAUAAGUAUAUUCAGUUCUACAAUCUUUCAGAUUUUUGUGACGACUUUUUUCUUGAAUGUCCAAUUAUAUAAUUAUUCUUCUUCGUGUGUUUCUGUAUUUAUAAACUAUGACAAUUGAACACCUCAUAUUGUUUAUCAUAGGCCAUUAUAGUAGAAUAAUUUUUAUUCAACCCCCAUGAAGUUUGUUCAAUUUUGAAGUUUUGAUAGGCUGUCCAGAUCCCAUUUAUACUUUACCAAUUAUUACAAGUUGAACAUUCUUUCUCAAUUGUUUAGAAUGUUUAACACCUAGAUUUACUUCCUUCAAUAAUUACUUUUAAAUUUGAAAUAAAUUCUACCACCUGAACUGAAGUCUGAAUUAGAUUUUUAGAUAAUACAAAUUCUAUGUAUUUGUAUUUUUGACAGGCAUUGCAUUGCAUGUCAAGGUGCUUGCUUCUUAGUAUUGUAUUAAUGUAUCAAUCAAAUAAUGAAAAUUUAUAAUCUUUUAAAUUCAUUUGUGUUGAAAAUGGUGAAAUAUUUUUAUAUUAUCGUAUGGAGAUCUGGUGAAUUGUAAAAUUGAAAUUGUUGAAAUAUAAUAUGUUAUUAAUAGU